CCCUCACUCACAAAACAUUCAUCCAGAGACGUCUUUGUAUACGCCUCUGGUUUUGUUCUUCUCUUCUCACUUUCAAAUUUCUUCGAUUUCAAACUUCUUCUCCCAAAACCUUCGAAGAUGAGAGAGUGCAUUUCGAUCCACAUUGGUCAGGCCGGUAUUCAGGUCGGGAACGCCUGCUGGGAGCUCUACUGCCUUGAGCACGGGAUUCAGCCUGAUGGGCAAAUGCCCGGUGAUACCACCGUCGGUGGUGGUGAUGAUGCCUUUAACACCUUUUUCAGCGAGACUGGCGCUGGGAAACAUGUGCCUCGUGCUGUGUUUGUGGAUCUGGAGCCUACUGUGAUUGAUGAGGUGCGCACUGGCACAUACCGUCAGCUGUUCCACCCAGAGCAACUUAUCAGUGGCAAGGAAGAUGCUGCCAACAACUUUGCCAGAGGUCAUUACACCAUUGGCAAAGAAAUUGUUGAUCUCUGCCUUGAUAGGAUCCGCAAGCUUGCAGAUAACUGCACUGGGCUUCAGGGUUUCUUGGUUUUCCAUGCUGUUGGUGGGGGUACUGGAUCCGGGCUUGGAUCUCUUCUGCUUGAGAGGCUCUCUGUUGACUAUGGUAAAAAGUCGAAGUUGGGUUUCACCAUUUAUCCUUCCCCUCAGGUUUCGACUGCUGUUGUUGAGCCCUACAACUCCGUGCUCUCCACCCAUUCUCUCCUUGAGCAUACUGAUGUUGCUGUGCUUCUUGACAAUGAAGCUAUCUAUGAUAUCUGCCGCAAAUCACUUGAUAUUGGUAGGCCCACUUACCAUAAUCUCAACAGGCUCAUUUCUCAGGUAAUUUCCUCCUUGACAGCAUCUCUGAGGUUUGAUGGAGCAUUGAACGUGGAUGUGAACGAAUUCCAGACCAACUUGGUUCCAUACCCAAGGAUCCACUUCAUGCUUUCGUCGUAUGCCCCUGUGAUCUCUGCUGAGAAAGCUUACCAUGAGCAGCUCUCUGUUGCUGAAAUCACCAACACUGCAUUCGAGCCCUCAUCCAUGAUGGUGAAGUGUGAUCCUCGCCAUGGGAAGUACAUGGCCUGCUGUCUGAUGUACAGGGGUGAUGUCGUCCCCAAGGACGUGAAUGCAGCUGUUGCCACAAUCAAGACCAAGAGGACCAUCCAGUUUGUUGACUGGUGUCCGACUGGUUUCAAAUGUGGUAUCAACUACCAGCCACCAACUGUUGUCCCCGGUGGAGAUCUGGCCAAGGUGCAGAGGGCGGUGUGCAUGAUUUCCAACUCAACUAGCGUUGCUGAGGUCUUCUCGAGGAUUGAUCACAAGUUUGACCUGAUGUAUGCCAAGCGUGCUUUCGUGCACUGGUAUGUUGGUGAGGGUAUGGAAGAAGGCGAGUUCUCUGAGGCUAGGGAGGAUCUUGCUGCUCUUGAGAAGGACUACGAGGAAGUUGGGGCGGAAUCUGCUGAAGGAGAUGACGAUGAGAACGAGGAAUACUGAGGAAGUGGCUCUGAUAUGAACUCUCCUGUUUGUUUUUAAGUUGUUUUCCGGUAUCCUGCGUGGAUUGAAACCUCUGUUUCGUGUGUGUUGAACUUUGAAAUCUCUGUUGUUUCAUGUUUGUGUCGAACUAUUUCGCAUAUUUCUUUUCCA